AAAAAGUAUUGAAGACUAAAACAAUGAGGCUGCAGAAAUAGAGAGGGAAAGAAAAGGGAAGAGAAGAAAGGGAAGGAAGAAAGUCACUGUGAGAAGAGGAGAGAAAGAAAGCUGAGUUCCGCCAAAAAUGUCAGACGAACAAGCCAAAGAUUAGAGAAGCGAUAGCAGCAGCAGAAGAACAGUUCCAUUUUUUUUUUUCCUCCAGAUGAAUCCGAGUAAAAUUGAGGAGGAUCUCUUCCAUCAUCAUCGUCUACACGAUGAUCUGGACCCACUCACGAACCAGAUUAUUGAAUCUCAGGCGUCCAUUCCGGAUUCGCACCAUGAUGAGCCGCCGUUCUCGUUGCCGGAAAUCGUGCUCUUCCGGUCGCCGUCUCCGUCGUCGCCUAGCCACUCGUCCUCCGACGAUUCGCCGACUCAUUCAACUCGAAUGAGUCAACUCGCUCAGAACCCUACAUCGACUUCCCAAAAUCUUCAUGAACCGCCUCUCUAUAUAUCGCCGGAGCCGCAUAUAUCGACUCAGUUUUAUACCUUUAAUCCUGAGUCGCACUCGCUGAUGAUCCGUUGCAUUAUCGAGCACCGCCUCGCGACGCCGAGUGAGAUACGCGCUGCUACAUCGCGUUCUGUUCUCAAGUCGUGGCGGACCGUGUGGAAGGACCGGAACGAGGACACUGCGUACCUGACGGCAUGGAAGAGAAUCCAGGACAAGCUCACGGCGACGGUCGACGAAAACGGUAACGAAUUUCUCUGUUUCAAGAACAAUACUCAGCAAUUCGUUUCGCAUAUUAGUCAAUGGCAGGAANAAUGGCAGGACAUUGUUACGAGUUUUCAUGGAGAUACGGAUUUGAAACAUUUAGGGUUGAAGGAAACCAUAGAGAGAAUUAAGCAGGUUUGGACUGUAGGUGCUAAAUUUUAUGGGAUUCCUGAGAGUUACAUUAGGGUUUGUGUUGCUGCUUGCCCUGUUUGUAAUUCGGCAUCCUCAGCGUCGGGCUCGAGGAGUAAACGACGCAGGUUCGAGUAUACGGAUACUCUUGAGGUGCCUGCAAAUGAAGUGCCCCACAAGCUCCAGCAAUUGGCUGCUAAGCAUAAGGUUGUGCUUUGCAUUAGGCAGAAGUAUAUUAGGUAUAAGCCUUUCAUGGCGGAGGUUAAGGAUUAUGCUUGUCAUAGGGCAGGGGAACCUGCUAUGAAAAAGUCUAAGGUUCUGAAAAGAGAGCCAUAUGCAUCGAAGCGAUGCGGGUGUGGAUUUCGUAUCCGGGCCAUUGUGCCCAUUACCAAUUACAAUGAGAAGGAUAAGACAUUUGUGUAUCAGGAUGAGGGUAUGGCUGUGUUCAAGUUGUAUGCUGUGCAUUCAGGGCAUGAACCCGGGCCGCUGGAUGGAAAUGCGAGAAUUAUGCAUCGUGUGAUCGGACACAAAGGUGGCCUGUUAAUGGAUCACGAUACAGUGUAUGGGGUGAACGAUGACAUGGAAAAUGAAGGAUUUAGAUUGAUGGGGAAGGAUGAAGGAAAUCUGCAGCUUUCUAUCUUGCAGCAGUUGCAUGAGGUGAGAAAUGAGCUUGACUUGUUAGAAGGGAAACUUACCAAGGUCCCACACGAGCUAUUGGGUUCAGUAUCUCGCGAUUUGUUCGAUGUUUUAAGUAAGCUUAGGAGUACAAGGGAGGAGAAGUUGGAGCCAAUCGAGCUGCUUGCAGAUAAGCCACAUUCAGACGACGUUUUAGAUGGGGAGAAUGAUUUGGCUCAUUGGACCGAUCACCAUCAUGAACGUUUAUAUGGCGAUGCCAAAGAUGGGGAAUUGAUUGAGGACGAUGUGGACAGUUUUGGUCACUCCCUUCGAGAUGUCGUUCCUUGGGAGGACCAUAUGGGGGCAGACUGUAGAAAUCAGAAAGAACUGACGAGCGAGCCUUGCAAACCCGAAAGAUGGUUUAAAUGCACUGACUUUAACGAUAAAAGCAUUCUUGGCUGCGAGGAUACAAAACUAAUCAAGCCCAUGAGACACGACGAGAGCAUGGUAGCAGAUGUAGGUCUUGUUGGUAUACAUGUUGACGGGUUUUACCCAGAGAACCCUAAAUGGUACGAUUCUCCUUGUGAUCUGGACUCUAAUGCAGAUUGUGGAGAUACUGGAUUUAAGCACGGGGAGAUCGUUUAGGCUCUCGAAGGGCCACGUGAUCUUCUCUAGUAUAGUGACGAGCUUACGGAUCUCUCACUUGCACAUCCCCACUGCUGGAAUCAGAAUGGGGGGCUGUAAAUUAUGUACACAGGAGAUUGAAGCCUCAAGUGAGCAUUUUGGCAUCCUUGUUCAAUGUAUUUUUUGUAAAGUUUGGCUAACUGACUCCUCUAUACAAACUCUACUCAACAGUAUUUGUUACUCUGGUCUUGGCCUUCAAAUUUUUUUGAUACCACUGACCAUUUCUAUCCAAAUCUUGUUCCGUUACUUAUUCGGAUACAUCGAGAUUUUUUUUCAUUCUUUUCUCUCUUUUAGCUCUUCUAGAUAUGGUCUCUCUGCUCUCUCUAUUCCUAUGACUGAUAACUCGAGAUGUUCGAUUUGCUCGAUUUGCCUAUGCUUCAUGAUGGGCCUGUUUUAGAUGCAGGAUGUAUAAACUGCUAUCUGUACAAAUCUCUGACUGCUCCGAGGUGAGAGAGAUCCUUGAUGUGUUGACAUUUUACUUUUAUUUAGAAAAUGUUCUUCAGAAUUGUCAACACUUUGUUUAUGUUCAUGAUAUAAAGAAGACUCUUCCAUGCUUUCCCUUGAAUGUUGGCUUCUCAUUUUAUGAGGUCAGAUAUUGUUGCUGUUUUGGGAACUUUUCUGAGGUUUUGUUUAGUGCAUAUGAUAAAUCUGUCUCUGGUUUUUUGGCUGAUUAUAAAAGAAAAUCUGAAUCAGUUCAUACUGCACAGCCUUUUAGCAGAACGUAAGCAAGAGUUUUACCCGCCCGAUGGCCAGCUUCGUCGGGUUUGGGAGGCUAAGUGGCUGUAAACUGAGAGGAAGCUGAGCUAUCCAGCCUCGAGUAUGCAGGUCAAGUGGCCUGCUGAUGGUGCCUUUGAAUGGAACCCCAGUUGCAUCAGCUGGCUUUAAGGUUGGUUUAUAGUACAUAAUUUGAUCCUGGUUUGGUUGUUUGUUGAUAUUUUAGCAUUUUUCUGCAAAAUAUUGACAAAGGAUUUGAUAUGGAUGAAGUUUCGUCUUGUUUUUGUUAGGGUUGAAUUACAAAAACCUGGAAGUUCAAAAUUUUCACUGGGCUCAAAUCUCUCUUCUGGGCUUAGUGGGCUUAAAGCCCAAUCAAAGUACGAGAUUUAACUUCUGGGCCAGAAAAGGCCCAUUAAUAUGCAGCCAAAUUGGGUAAAUAGUAUAAGAUAUAAUAAUUUAAUGGCCAUGUGUUAGUGAAAACUGCAUAUGAACAACCCUACAUUUUCUUAAAUCAUUUACCCAUUUCA